CGUCGACAUCCAUCCCUAUUUACUGCUCCUCGCUCCAACUCUCUCGCCGCCGUCGUCCUCGCUCGCUCGCUCGCUGAGUUCGAAACGGGUGCACCAGCUGGUCUCGAGCCACCCCAGAGGUCUAUAUAAACACGCGCCCGCGGCACACCAACCCACACGUCGCCAGAGAGAAACUAACCGAGAAGAGAGAAGCACACACACGCAGUAGCUAGCGAUCCUGUGAGGCGCGCUAAUGGCGGCGCAGGAGGAGGAGAAGGCCGCGGGCAGGCGCGCGGGGCCGCACCCGCUGCUGCGCGGGCGGAGGCGGGACGGCAAGUACACGCACGGGCUGCACCCGGCGCAGAUGGAGGCGCUCCGCGCCAUGUGCGGCGCCUUCAUCCCCUCGCUGCCGGCCGAGGAGUCGGACGCAGGCGGCCGCGCCGACCCGCCCGGCGGCAAGGACCUCGAGCGCUUCUACCUCGCCUCCGCCGCCGACUCCAACAUCCCCGACGAGGUUGCGGAGCUGAUGGUGACGCGGUGCAUACGGGAGGCGGCGCUGCUGGCGUGGGUGGUGCUGUGGGUGCUGAGCACGAGGGUGGGCACGCUGCUGCUGUGCGGCCGGCUGAGCCUCUGCGGCGCCGCCGGUGAGCUGCGCCGGUUCGCGGACAUGCCGGCGGAGCGGCAGGAGGCGGCGCUGCAGCGAUGGAACAGGACGCGGUGGCUCUUCCCGCUCAGGAUCGUCUUCGCCCUCGUCAAGAUCCUCUCCCACUACGUCUUCUACACCAUGGUCGACGAGAACUCAGAGAAUCCACACUGGAAAGCGAUUGGAUACAGCGUGGAAGAGUGGCAGAGAGACCCAGCUGAAGCGCCCGCCCCGUCGCGGCCGCUGGACAAUGGCGUCGUCGAAACCAGAGCGCUGAACGACACCACCCUGCUCAGGUCACUCGCCGACAGGGGGCUCCCCGUGAAGCCGGGCGCGCAGCACACGGUGGAGUGCGACGCCGUCAUUGUGGGGUCCGGCUGCGGCGGGGGCGUUGCUGCCGCGAUACUGGCGUCCGCGGGGUACAAGGUGGUAGUCGUCGAGAAGGGCGACUACUUCGCCGCCGAUGACUACAGCUCCGUCGAGGGUCCGUCCAUGGAGCGCCUCUUCGAGAAGGGCGGCAUCUUCUGCACGUCCAACGUGACGACGAUGGUGUUCACGGGCUCCACUGUCGGCGGCGGCUCGGCGGUGAACUGGUCGGCCUGCAUCCGCACGCCGGGGGAGGUCUUGCAGGAGUGGUCCCACGACCACGGCCUCCCGUUAUUCGCGACCAAGGCGUACGUGCAGGCCAUGAACACGGUUUGUGACCGGCUCGGCGUCACUGACGAGUGCCUGAAGGAAGGGUUCCAGAACAAGGUGCUGCGCCGAGGGUGCGAGGCGCUCGGGCUGCCUGUCGACGCCGUGCCACGCAACUCGUCGGCGGGACACUACUGCGGGAGCUGCAACUUCGGCUGCCCCACCGGCGAUAAGCGCGGCACCGACACGACGUGGCUCGUCGACGCCGUCAAGCACGGCGCGGUGAUCCUGACCGGGUGCAAGGCCGAGCGGUUCAUCCUCCACAACAACAGCGGCAAGGACGGCCGGAGCAAGAAAUGCGUCGGCCUGUUGGCGACGUGCAUGAGCAACGGCAUCACCAAGAAGCUGCGCAUCGAGGCCAAGGUGUCCAUCUCGGCCUGCGGGGCGCUCAUGACGCCUCCGCUGCUGCGCAACAGCGGGCUGAAGAACCGGCACAUCGGCCGGAACCUGCACCUCCACCCGGUGUCCAUGGCGUGGGGCUACUUCCCGGAGAACAAGCAGGCGGUGCCCAUCACCGGCAAGUCCUACGAGGGCGGCAUCAUCACGAGCAUGCACCGCGUCACACCGCGCACCAUCAUCGAGACGCCAGCGCUAGGGCCGGGGGCCUUCGCCGCCAUGGUGCCGUGGGAGUCGGGCCGCGACAUGAAGGAGCGCAUGAGCCGGUUCGCGCGCACGGCGCACGCGUUCGCCCUCGUCCGCGACCGCGGCUCGGGGUUCGUCGACUGCGAGGGCCGCCUGCGCUUCACCCCCAGCCGCGACGACACCCGCGAGCUCCGCAACGGCCUGCGCCACGUGCUGCGCAUCCUGGUGGCCGCCGGCGCGGCGGAGGUGGGCACGCACCGCAGCGACGGGCUCCGGCUGCGGUGCAAGGGCGUGCGCGACGAGGACCUGGAGGCGUUCCUGGACGAGGUGACCAUCGAGAAGGGGCCCAUGCACUCGACGGCGGACAAAUGGGCGGUCUUCUCCUCGGCUCAUCAGAUGGGCAGCUGCCGCAUGGGCUCCAGCCCCAAGGACAGCGCCGUCGACGGCAGCGGCGAGAGCUGGGAGGCCGAGGGCCUGUACGUCUGCGACGGCAGCCUCCUCCCCACCGCGGUCGGCGUCAACCCAAUGAUCACUAUUCAGUCCGUCGCCUACUGCCUCUCCAAGGGCAUCGCCGAGUCCAUGACCAACGCCCAGAAGCACUACUAGAGUACUAGUCGAUCGAGUCAGAGGAUAGUCGCCAACUCGUCGUGUCGGUUGGCCAGGUGCACUUGUCACGCCUAAACUGCUUCACCGUACAUAUGAUUCGUGAUACUCGGUUAUGUUUGUUACUUCUUGGGUCCAUAAAUAUAGCUCGAUUAAGAUUUUAAAAA